CUCAUCUCUGUCUCUCCAAUCUCCAUUGCUGAACCUCAUCUCUGUCUCUCCAAUCUCCAUCGCCGAACCCAGCACCUGCAACCCAGCACCAUAUCACGCCAUCCGCAACAGCCACCCGCAACCCAGCACCACAAAGCACAGCCACUCCAUCGCCGAACCCAAAACCUGCAACCCAUCUCAUCUUUUUCAGUUUCUGCGGUGCUCACCAAGCAAGACACUCUCCGAGAAGAGGAAGAGUCUGAAUCAGAACCCACUUUCAGUUUCAAAGGCUACGUUGCCCAGAAAGCCAAUUCCGUCAACCAAGCCCUCGAAGCCUAUGUUUCGCUUAAGGACCCAAAGAAGAUUCACGAGGCUAUGCGCUAUUCUCUCCUCGCUGGUGGCAAGCGAGUCCGACCCAUGCUUUGCAUCGCGGCGUGUGAGCUCGUCGGAGGCACCGAGUCCAUAGCCAUGCCCGCCGCUUGCGCCGUCGAGAUGAUCCACACCAUGUCUCUCAUCCACGACGAUCUUCCUUGCAUGGACAACGAUGAUCUCCACCGUGGAAAGCCCACAAACCACAAAGUGUUCGGCGAGGACGUCGCGGUUCUCGCCGGCGAUGCGCUUUUAGCCUUCGCUUUCGAGCACAUAGCGGUUUCUACGGUGGGUUAAUUGGCAUUCUACAUCUUC